CUCCAGUAUUCAAAGUAUCGUUGAGAUAACAGGGACAAAUCCUCGUUUUAAAAUUAAGCUCCCAUGAUGACAAUAUCAGGAAUUGUACGCGUAUUCUUCUCUUUUAUCAAUCCAGCACUUGUAUUUUCUGCCUCAUAUUGCAAGCCAUUGGAGGAAUUAAAUCACGGAAAAGUUCAUUGCAGUAACACAUAUCCCUCAAUUGGAUCGUCAUGCGAUUUUGAAUGUAACAAGGGAUUUGAAUUGAUUCCUGCUGAAAACAAUGAAAUCACUUGUUCGAAAAAUGGAGACUGGACCAAAGAAAAGCCAUGUUGUAGAGGAUGUUCAACCAAUUUUGAAAAAGAUGUCGUCAUUGUGAUAGACUCAUCACUAUCGAUGGACACUGAUAAAUAUUCUAUCAUGAAGAAUUCAGUUGCAAAUGUUGUUGGAUCGAUGAAAAACACUGAGGUUCAAUUUUCCUUGGUUCGCUUUGCAAGUCAAGUGUAUGAAAAAGAUUCUAUUUUCUUUAGUUCAUAUAUUAAAAACAGCAGUAAGAUGCAAGGAGCUAUCAGAAAAUUGGAUGGCCCGGAUGGAAGAACUUUUCUUGGAGCUGCUCUUACUUACACAAAAGAAGUUAUACUGACAGAAGAAAAUGGUAACAGGAAAAAUAUUGAUGACAUGGUUUGGGUUUUAACGGAUGGAGCCUCAAGUGAUAUAGUUGAGAAGCCGGCAAAAGCGUUGAGAGAUGAUGGUGUAGAAAUUUUUGCACUCGGAAUUAGACAAAAAGGAAAAACACGAUUAUCUACGGAACAAUUAGUUUUCAUAACUGGAAAAGCAAAAAAUGUGAUUGAAAUAAAAGAAAUAACCCAACUAAAGAAUGCAUUGAGAAAAACUAUCACCAGGAAAAAGUGCGACUAUACUUGUCAAAAAAGGGAACCACCUGUUUGUCCACCUUUACCAGAACUACCAAACGGCGAGGUAACUUGUUCAUCGGAAAAAGCGAUAAAAGGAACCCAUUGUGUGUUUACGUGCAAUCGCGGAUUCACAUUACUACCUGCCUGGAAAAAUAGGACUGAAUGUGAUGCAACUGCAGGAGGAGAAGUUGAAUGGACGGAAAAACUACCGUGUUGUGGAACUGAAUAUUGUACCACUGACACCGAGAAAGAUAUUAUUAUAGUCAUGGAUUCAUCAGGCUCAAUCAAAGAGAAUCAAUAUGAAAUUAUGAAAACUUUCAUUGCAAAUACCAUCCAAUCUUUUGAAGGUAAUAAAGUACAAUUUGCACUAAUUCGGUUUGGAAGUCGUGUUUUCGCUGAAGACACAAUAUAUUUUGGAAACAAGACUUCGUUAUUACAAACUAUUGCGGGUCUAAAUGAAACUGGAGGAAGAACGUUUCUUGGAGCCGCUUUAGACUAUGCCAUAACCAAUGUGCUUUAUCACAAAAGCAAUAGACCCAGUGUCAAAGAUAUGAUAUGGGUAAUAACUGAUGGUGCAGCAAGUGACGAAGUUAAAGUCCCGGCGGAGACACUCCGACAGGAAGGAGCUGAGAUUCUUGCACUUGGCAUUAAACAACCAAGGAAAUCACAAAUAUCCGUGGAUGAACUGAUCGAAAUCACAGGUAAAAAAGAAAAUGUCAUAGAAGUCGACGGAAUGUCAAAUCUCGAUGACCAACUUCGAACGAAAAUCAUAAGAAAGAUUUGUGAACUAUCAUGCGAAGAAGAAUAGUAGAAAAUAAUUUACAAUAUAUAACUUUCUACUUAUUUAGUAUAAGCUAGUUGUUUCAUAAAAUAAUCAUGAACCUUUAGUUAACCACUAAAACGUCAAAGCAACGAAGUCUUUGUUCUCCUAA